AAGGUCAUUGCUUUAGUGUUUGUUUCCAAAUUAUUUUCAAAAAUCAUGUCCAGCCAGCCAAAACACUUGAACGUUUAUGUGCCGCCGAUCAGCAGUUUUCCGGAAGCCAGUUUUCUGGGCGGCUAUGGACUGCAGAAUCGCAUGGAGCUGCCCAAGACCACGGAAGUCCUUGAGGAUGUCAUCGAUGAGCGGGACGCGCACUUCCUCUACGUAAUCGAUAGCCAGGGACGCCUGCUGGAGCACAUACGUUACUACGGGGACGAUUACCGGAUGGCUCUGCGUGAGGCCUUCACCACGAAAGUCCUUGACCAACAGAAUACUGGCGCAGAUCUCCCAUUGAAUCGGGAAUAGCGAAACGAGGAACCGUACCAGUGCACACAACAAAUGAAUUAACUGUUUCAAUUAGAGCACUUCAUUGCUCGAUGGCCGGAAAAUCAAGUACAAAUUCGCUGUAAUUCCCGCCUGGUUGGUUACAUGAGAAUUUAUGAAAUAUAGACAAUUUGAAUUCAACAAAUUAA